GUCGUUGGGAGGGACCGAGGAGAUCCCGGGCCUGGGGGUGGACGCGCUGUGCUGCCGGGAGGCCGUCGUCAUGGUGGCGCCCGUGCUGUACUUGGUGGCGGCGGCUCUGCUGGUCGGCUUCAUCGUCUUCCUAACUCGCAGCCGGGGCCGAGCGACAUCAGCUGGUCAAGAGCCACUGCACAAUGAGGAAGAGCCAGUAGUAGCAGGCCGUGUGGCCCCACCUCGGCCCCUGGAGCCUGAGGAGCAGAGAACUGGAGGCAGGCCCCGGCGCCGGAGAGACCUCGGCAGCCGCCUGCAGGCCCAGCGUCGAGCCCAGCAGGUUGCCUGGGCAGAAGUGGAUGAGAACGAGGAGGAGGUUGCCAUCCCAGCCCAGGAGGAAGAAGGUAUUGAGAAGCCAGCAGAAACUCACUCAUCAGGGAAAAUUGGAGCCAAGAAACUACGGAAGCUGGAGGAGAAACAGGCGCGAAAAGCCCAGCGCGAGGCAGAGGAGGCUGAACGUGAGGAACGAAAACGCCUUGAGUCCCAGCGUGAAGCAGAGUGGAAGAAGGAGGAGGAACGACUUCGCCUGGAGGAAGAACAGAAGGAGGAGGAAGAGAGGAAGGCCCAGGAGGAGCAGGCCCGGCGGGAGCAUGAGGAGUACUUGAAACUGAAGGAGGCCUUCGUGGUGGAGGAGGAGGGUAUGGGUGAGACCAUGACUGAGGAGCAGUCCCACAGCUUCCUGACAGAAUUCAUCAACUACAUCAAGGUAAGAAGUUGCAGAACAGAGUGCAGGUGUCAGCUCCCUGCCUUGUGUAUGUGUGUGGCCUCAAGGGGUGGACAGUUCACUCAAGCUUGUGCAGAAAUGGGCAGGGGAGCCCAGAGAAGCAGAGCUGCCAGGGUCCUGGCCAGGAGAGUCCCUUCUCCUCUGACCCCGAAGGUGGAGAAGCACCUGAGUCUGUGGGAGGCACAAGCAUUUGAACGCUUCCUCACACUGAGAGUUUGACAGUUUCUCUGCUCUUCAGACCCCACGCUCAGUGAGUCACUGUGUUUUCAAGUCUCUUCACAAGUGUUUUCUGUCAGUUCUGUCACACUAAGGCUGCACUGAGUUGAAACAAGCAUUCUCUGCCAUGUGCUCUUGACUGGGAACUUGGGCCUUUCAGGAGAAACAGGAUGAUGUUUCCUUUGGUAUCUAGGGCGGGGUGGCAGCAUGUCCCCUUCUGUCUGCUGCCACUGCACAGGCCGUCCCAGCACUGCUCUGGGUUGCAUAAGCAAGCCCUGCUCUUCUUUGCUGCUAAGCAACUUCUCUCCCACGAAGGAUGCGGUGAGGGGAGAGGUUUUCAAGUGCAGCUCAGAGGUGCAGAGGCGGCUGAGGGAAGGAGUGCAGAGGGAGCGGGGGUGGUGGUGGGGGUGCUACUAGAGGCUGCCAAGGAGCCAAGCUUGCAUAAUCUUCCCCCCACCGCUCCUGAAAGAGAGCAGGGUUUAGACACCUCCCAGCAAUGAGGGACUAGGCUCACAGCUCAGGGCCUAGAGGUCCCUAAGAGUGGGAAAUGCUGGCAGCUUCCAGAGGGUC